AUGCGUUGGUUCGUGUCUCUCGUUGUCAUUGCACUGGCCACCAGUGCAACCAACUCGCAGACAUCAGUGACAUCGCCAGAUGACGGUAGCGCAUUCAUGAGGGAAGUGCGUGAGAAAGUACUUGCGAUGCACCCGGAUUUCCAGCCAUUCAUCACAAGGAAAUCGGACUUGGAGCAGUACAGAGCAGUUGCUGGGGCAGCUAGGGUGGCGUUUAUGGAG